AUGGUUUCCUCGGCCAGCGUAUACCGCCCCACCCCCACUUGCCUCAGCCGCGCUGCUCCGGCGCUUGCGCAAGACUCUCGCGCCUUCCUCCCUCCCCGCGCCCUCCGGCCUGUCGGUCCCAGAUAGCGGAAGUCGACGUCGACGAGUGGGCGGAGCUCGGCGGGCCCCUUCCAUCUCGCUCGCUGUGUUUGUCCCGAGCUCCACACAAAAUGGCGAAGAUCGCCAAGACUCACGAAGGUAAGGGACGGGGAGGGCUGGGCCGGGCCUUCUUCUCCGGCUCGACUCCGGGCCUGAAACCCUCUUCCGCUCCCCCCCCGCCUCACGCGCUUCGGGGAAGCCGGAGGGCCUUCUUCGGGCGGCCCAACGGUUCGCGCGCCUCGGCCCGGGGCUAGGCCUGCGCGUAAUGGCGUCGCUGGCGCGGUCUCUUCCUUCCUCCUUCCCGCUCUGGCCUCUGCCUCCCGCCUUUCCUGAGCCCUCCAGUCCUCAGCUCAGGAGACCCACAGGAAGCCCAGCCGAAGAUGUGUGUGUGUUGGUGUGUUUGUGAGAGAGAAAUGCUCUGGACCAGAAACCAGCGUGAGCCGCUACACCCACCUCCUCCCCCCCCCAAAAUUCACAAAAUAAACACCAUAUUUAUUUGUUUUUAUUAGUUUUACAGUACAAAACCGUGCGCGCAACACCGCGUUUCGCAAUACUCGCCACGGAGGGCAAGCGCGAAAAGGAAAUGGGCCCCUCGCAUGUAAUAAUACUCGCAAGACGCACGCAGAGGGCCACGAUUUCCUCCAUUUCACUUCGUGCCUGCGCUUUAUGAUUUUGGUGGUUUUAAGUCAGUCUUCAGAGCUCCACUUGUUCUAGGCGCGUUUUGCGACGGGAUUUCAGUUUCUGAGCUGUGGGCGCAGUACUGUGCCUCAGAUUGAAACUGCAGAGUGGAAGGAAAGGGGGGCCUUUUUGUGCCCCCAGCUGCUCUCUGAAGACUGGAGAAGAGACCCUCUUAAGAAUAUUAUGGGGGGUGGGCAUGGGAAGGACUAGACCAGGGAUUGGCAACCUAAGGCCCGGGGGUCGGAUGCGGCCCAAUCCCCUUAGUCCGGCCCGGGAGGGUCCGGAAAUCAGCAUGUUCUUACAUGAGUAGAAUGUGUCCUUUUAUUUAAAAUGCACCUCUGGGUUAUUUGUGGGGCCUGCCUGGUGUUUUUACCAGAGUAGAAUGUGUGCCUUUAUUUAAAAUGCAGCUCUGGGUUAUUUGUGGGGCGUAGGAAUUCAUCCCCCCACCCCCACCGGUCUGAGGGACGGUGGACCGGCCCACAGCUGAAAAAGGUUGCUGACUCCUGGACUAAACGCUGUGAAAAACGAACAUAUUUUAGCUGCAGUUCAUGUUCAGCUUUGUAUUCUUGUUAUAAAAAAGCCUAGAUAUUCUGUUGUUGUGCCCAUAAUCCAGGUUUAAGGUGCCAUUUAGCUCCUAGCUUUCAUAUCUCAGUUUCUAACACUGGUUCAGGCGGAGGUUCUGUUUUUAUAAACAGAUUUAUAGAUAUUUGUUUCUUCAACAGUGUUUGUAUGGUUUUCGCCCGUGGCCUUUGGCUAGUGCAAGAAUGCUUGUUUACUUGCUCUUUCAGCUUUUGACUCAGUUUGCGGAAAGUGUUGCACAUAUGGUUCUUGGGGAGGGAGGCUUAUUGCUUAACUUUGAGGGUUUUUUAUAGUGGGUCGCUGUGGGGGGGGGGCAGGCCACAUGGCCCAACAAUGCCAUGAAACAUACUGAGGAAAGCUGCUAGGAGAUGCAGAAGUGAGAAAGGAGGUCAAGUUAGAAGGUGGGGCGGUGUUCAUAGACUUAAGCGGCUUUUCUGCAAGCUUUGUGGCAAGAGCUGUGUGUGGUUUUUAGUGGCGUGUGCAAUUUCCUAAGCGCAUUGGUGUGUUUGGAGAAAUCUGGCUUUGCCCUUGGGAGGGAACGGUGAGCCCACCAAGGGCGCUUGUGUUUCACUUUAAGCUUGAUACCGUAGCAGGUGUCUGCCUAGAAGUUCCUACCUGGUUGAACAGCUGUGUUUUUGUAAGGCAAAAGGGAUGAAUUUCUUACUUGAAAAGGUUACAAAGGGAGUAGCUUUCCAGACAAGAACACUGAACGAGUUUAAUAUGGGAAUGUCUUUUUUCCCUAAACCAGGAAUGAUGCCAUUGUAACUGAGCAGUUAGUAAUAUACUUUAUGCAGCUGGCAAAGAACAUUCCCAUGUUGAUGUGGACAGAACCCUGUAGCAGAGGAGAUUCUCCACUGCUUUCCACAAAUGCAGUAACUGUAAAAGGGUUAACCAUGUCCCCUUUCUUCUAACUAAAGCAAGUACCGGUACAUAAUCUCUUUCCUUCUGUGGUUCAGUACUGGAGUUUAAUGUACAGAUGCUUUCUUUGCAAAGAUGUGACUACUGUAGAUUAGCAUUUAAUCUCAAAUGCAUUUACUCGAAAAUGUCAAAUUGACAUUGUCUAAACCAUUAGUCUAGGUAAGUGUGCUUUGGAUUGCAGUAUUAGGAACUGUCUUCUCUUUCAUGGUUUCCCCAUCAUAUAUACUUGUGAUCUUGCUGCAACAUGUGUUGUUGCAAGACUUCUUAACAUAACUUCAGUGUGAAAUUAUAAGCUUGUUAAGUAUAAGAAUAUAUAAUUAAUUUAUGGUGCAGUAAGCCUAAUCACAAUAAUACAUAGUGAUCUUUAUUAUUGAGAUUGGAUGGGUUUACUUUUAUUGUUAAGUGGAGAUUAAAUGUGGGCACCUCAGUUUUACUAUUGAAUGGAUUUUAGAUGGUUCUGUUGGAGGCAGAGUGUUCUUAAUAGUUGGGGUAUGCCCAGUUCCAUUAUGUCAUAGUCACGAUUCAGAGUUCGACAAUCCUAUCGUUAAAUUAAAAAAAUAAAAGUGCAGGGCUGGAAAAGGCUAGAUAACUUGAACUCAGAAGUAGGGGGCUGAGUCAAAUGAAGUACCCUCUUUAACAAAAGGGCUUAUCUGCCUGCGCAACAGGACCGCCUCUCUCUUGUCUCUCACUGUGCACCUCCAAAUCUAUUCUCAGCUCCACCAAUACUUCGGAACAGAUUGGGAGAGCAUGCAGGGAGAGGGGAGAGAGAUGAAGUCCUCUUGCACAGGUGGAAUACUUUGUUCUAAUGGUAUGGCUUGUUGGAUGCAGCCCUAGAGCAGCAUGUUGUAAAAUUAAUAUAGUUUAACAAGAAUUACCGUAUUUUUCGCCCUAUAGGUCGCACUGGCCCAUAGGGCGCACCUCGUUUUUGGGGGGGAAAUGAAUUUUAAAAAAUUAUUGCCCCCCCCAGCCAUGGGGCUGGGGCGGGGGAAGCCCGAGCUUCCCCAGCCCCCAGAACAGGCUGCUAUCUGCAAGCCUUGUGAGCCCACGGGAACUCCCCCCGGGCUCGCAAGGCUUGCGGACACCUGCGCGAAGCACGGGGCGUAAUCCAGAGGGCGCCCCGUGCUGCAGGCUGCUGCCUGCAAGUCUUGCGAGCCCGCGGGAACUCCCCCCCGGGCACGCAAGGCUUGCGGACACCUGCUUGAAGCACAGGCAUCCUCCGGAGGACGCCCCGUGCUUCGGGCUGCAGGCUGCUGCCCGCAAGCCUUGCGAGCCCGCGGGAACUCCCGCUGGGCUCGCAAGGCUUGCGGAUAACUUCCUGAAGCCUGGAGAGCGAGAGGAGUCGGUGCGCUUCAGCGAAAGCAUGCAUUCGCCCCAUAGGACGCACACACAUUUCCCCUUCAUUUUUGGAGGGGGGAAAGUGCAUCCUAUAGGGCGAAAAAUACGGUAGUUCCUCUCUUGCUCAAACCUCUUAAUGCAAGCCAUUCUGUAUGUAAUAUCUUUUGAAUGGGGAAAUCAUCUGGGCAGGCAGACUAUUUGUAUUUGUACUAGUUGUGCCGUACCUGGUGGUUUGUGCAACUUUUUGCUGAUAAUAAGACAAAGUCGGACAUACACAUGCAAGUGUGGUUAAGUGCUGCAUCUUUGAUUUCGCAGUUUUGGCUGUAGCAAGUUGUGGUGUACUGUAUACUGGGGACCCCAUUUGAUAAUAGCUUCUGUAGCAAGAAAUUACUAGAACAGAAGAGGCAGGUAUAGGGUUUUGAAGCCCAAAUGAUAAAAUCUUCAUUUUGUUUACUAAAGUGGUGUUCUUAACGAAAACCAUCACACACAACCAUUGAUUUCCCAAACUAGGAAAAUAAUGAGUGCAGUAGCUUGCUCUUAUCCUAAUUUUAUUUGUAAAGAUGGUUCAAAUAAUGUUAAUGUAAAAGGUAAAGGCACCCCUGCCCGUACGGGCCAGUCUUGCCAGACUCCAGGGUUGUGCGCUCAUCUCACUCUAUAGGCCAGGGGCCAGCGCUGUCCGCAGACACUUCCGGGUCACGUGGCCAGCGUGACAAGCUGCAUCUGGCGAGCCAGCGCAGCACACGGAACGCCGUUUACCUUCCCGCUGGUAAGCGGUCCCUAUUUAUCUACUUGCACCUGGGGGUGCUUUCGAACUGCUAAGUUGGCAGGUGCUGGGACCGAACGACAGGAGCGCACCCCACCGCGGGGAUUCGAACCGCCGACCAUGCGAUCGGCAAGUCCUAGGCGCUGAGGUUUUACCUACAGCGCCACCCGCGUCCCUAUAAUGUUAAUGUAGCUAUACUUUAAUAAAACCAACAGUACAGUUUUUGUUUGUAAUAUAGUAAAUGUAGCAUAGAUAAGAGACAAGUAUUGUAUACAUCUCAUUUUCAACUAAAAUUUAAACCAACCCCCCCCCAAAAAGGGGAGCUAUUUUAUUUUUCAUAGCUUUCUGGAAAUUUUACAUCUCUAGGCAAGAAUGUAUUCACCCAGGCAUGUGGGGGUGAAGGAUCUUGAAAUAUAUGUUUCCUGUAACUGCGGUUAUUAGAUUAAUCCUAUUUUGUUAGUUUUUAGGGUUUUUAAUGUAUUUGCUGCCUUGGACUCCUUUGGGAGGAAAAGAGGGGAUAAAAAACCUAAUAAGAAUAAUAGCCAAAAGUGGAAGCAAAACCUUCAGAACUCCCAACUCCUAGCCGUAGAGGAGGAUCAGAAAGGAAGCACAGAAGACUCACUACAGCUAAUUCCUGUUAAGUUAUAUUAGAGUGACAUGCAAACAUGAUCAUUUUAGUGCAUGUUUUAUUAUCUGGGUAUACAGUAUUUAGAAGGCCUACAGGAGAGUUGUCAUAGUAUGACCUUUCAGUGGGCAGAUCUAACAAAUCCUGCAAGUGAGGCAAUAUUUUAUGAACAGUGAUAAUAAUAGUUAAUAAUAGAAACUUCGAGUUGGAAGGGACCUUGGAGGUUAUCCAUCUCCCUCAUCAACAUGACAGCAACUUUCCUAACAGAAAGUUAUUUCAUCCUCUGUCAGGCCCUUCGUCUUUGCAUAAGCCACACUGCUUCCUAGGAAUAUGCUCGCUCUCCUCCUCCUCCUAUACCACACCCCUCCUCUGUGCCCAUUUCAAGUCCUUUUGCUGUGCUGGAUUGCACCCUUGAACUAUUUGACAGUGCAUUUUGAUUGUCUGAACGGACGAUUUGUGGGGGUUGUGUGUGUUUAUCUCAAAACCUUUGAUUUGUGUGACUGGAAUGUCUCACCGUACAAAAGCAUAGGUUACAUCAGUGAUGGCCAAACUUGGCCCUCCCGCUGUUUUGGGACUACAAUUCCCAUCAUCCCUGACCUCUGGUCCUGUUAGCUCUGGAUGAUGGGAGCUGUAGUCCAAAAACAGCGGGAGGGCCAAGUUUGGCCAUCACUGGGUUACGUUCAUUGGUCCCAGAAAGGUUUCCCCUUGGGGUGGGUGUCCCUUGAUCUGAAUACUUCCAUCCCUGACUUAAUACAGUAGUUUCCUACAUAUGCUGUAUGUGUUCAGCCCUGCAGAACAGUUGCUAGAUUGCUCUUUAGUUAUGCCUUGGAGAAGUUGAUGAAAUGCUUCCAGUAAUACUUUUGGACAUGCCUUUGUUAAUCAGUGUGUGUGUGUGUGUGUGUGUGUGUGUGUGUGUGUGUGUUAAAGCAUUUGAAUUUACCUUUGUCAUAGAUAUUGAAGCACAGAUUCGAGAAAUCCAAGGCAAAAAAGCUGCCCUUGAUGAAGCUCAGGGAGUGGGCCUUGAUUCUACAGGAUAUUAUGACCAAGAGAUCUAUGGCGGGAGUGAUAGCAGAUUUGCUGGAUAUGUAACUUCAAUCGCAGCAACUGAGCUAGAAGACGUAAGUACACCAAUACAUUACUGUCAAAACAAAUUCUAUCAUAUUGUUGAAAUUGUUCUUAAAUGAAAAGGCGUGUAAGUUUUACAUUUCCGGCUACAGCUCCCAUUUAAAGUUUGCAAAAAAGCCUUCCAUCCCGAAAACCAUAAUUUAAAUACAGAAAUGAACAAUUAAUUACAUCUUAAAUGUUCCUGCUUGUAUAGGAUGACGACGACUACUCUUCUACAAGUUUGCUUGGCCAGAAGAAACCUGGAUACCAUGCACCAGUGGCACUCCUUAAUGACAUACCACAGUCAACCGAACAGGUGAACUUUUCAGUAUAUAAUACAAUAAGGAAGUAGAAGCUUUCUAUUUCCAUUUCUGAGAGGAAUAAUGGGGACAAAAUACUCAGUGAGAGGUGCGAGAGAUUUUACCUGUGGCCGUGCACACGAACAUACACACUGCAUGUGAAUUAGUAAUUUAUUCUGUAAGCUGCUGAAACCUCCAUGCAAUUGUGUGCAAUGAUUACAUUUCGUUGUGUGCCACUCACUGUUUUUAAAUUUUAAUUGUAUUGUUUAACCUGACUUCCUCAUUUAGAAGCCACUUAAUAGUAUUAAACUAUGUGGUGUACAAUAUUUUUUAAAAAAACCAAUAUGGUUAAAAGUACAGCCUAAAACAAAACAAAAAAUUGAUAUAAAAAUAAAAUAGGAACAUGGGGAUUGAAAUUUAAAAGGGUCUGAUCUUACAGGUCCAGGGAAGCAGUUCAUGGUUAUUGCUUCGUGUAUGGCAGGGGGAAGAGCGUUCCGUAAUACAGUUGCAAUGGCAGAAAAUGCUCAAUUUCUGGUCAUUGUCCAAUGUUAUAGUAUAUCUUGCCACCCCAUCGUUCUGCCUGGACACUGAGGGCCUUCUGGCAGUUCCCUCACUGCGAGAAGCAAAGUUACAUUGAACCAGGCAGAGGGCCUUCUCAGUAGUGGUGCCUGCCCUGUGGAACGCCUUCUCAUCAGAUGUCAAGGAAAUAAAACAACUAUCUAACAUUUAGUAGACAUCUGAAGGCAGCCCUGUUUAGGGAAGUUUUUAAUCACUGAUGUUUUAAUGUAUUUUUAAUCUCUUGUUGGAAGCUGUCCAUAGUGGCUGGGGAAACCCAGCCAGAUGGACAGGGUAUAAGUAAUAAAUAUUAUUAUUAUUAAUAAUAAUUUGCCUGGAUGAUCUUUGUCACCUUAGAGGUUUGUACAGGGGAAGGCAGGUAGCCCGGUCCUUUCUUGUUCAGGACUUUAUAUAUAACAAGACCUUGAACAUGACUUGGGAGCUGUUUGGCAGCUAGUGUAGUUCCCACCGAGCAGGUUUAAUAUGUGCUUGUCCAGGUGCUCUGCUUAACUUUGCUGCAGCAUUCUGCCCCAGCUGCACCUUCUGCACCAAACAUAAGAGUGAUUUGGCAAAAGACACCAGCUGUGAAGUUUACUGUUGGCAGUGAAGAAAAAUUCUUGCUUUGGAAGGGUUUUAUAGGGAAUAAUGAUUAACUGUUUUUAAAAUAAAAGCUAAAUUAAUUUGUAAGUGGCAUAUGGAAUAUAAUCAGCUACGAACUGUAGUGAAUUGGGAACACAAUUUUCAUUCAGCUGAAGUAGUCUUUCCUUUAAGAGGAAAUAGAAAACCUUGGGGAAAUUUCCUUAUCUUUUUACAUUGCUGGCUCACAAAAGAAAACCCAUAUUUUGUGUUUCUGGUUCUUAGUAUGAUCCGUUUGCUGAGCAUCGCCCACAAAAGAUCGCUGAUCGGGAAGAUGAAUACAAAAACCGCAGGCGGAUGAUGAUUAUUUCCCCUGAGCGUCUUGAUCCUUUUGCAGAUGGUAACUUACUUUCUCUUUUUCACUGGAUCUUACGAGUUUUGUUCCCUUAAAAUUGUCUUUAGCCCUUUGAUUUCUGUUGGCAUGCUUAUAAAUUCAGGAAUUUUUAGUUUAUGUAGUUUUAAGAGUUGGUUGAAAUCGUAGUUUGCCAUUUUGUUCCAUCUUUUAUAAUACAAAUUUUCUUUCCAGGUAGAAGGACAAGAAAAUAAUGAGCCAUUGCCAUAGAAACACAAAGGGUUAAAGGUUUCUCUUUUUUCUCUUUUGCUUUGGGUUAUGUAUACUAUACUUUGAGCAACUUGUAUAUUUAGUGCUCAAGAACCUUCCAGCUUUCUGGAAGGGUUCACUCCAAAAUUAGAACACAAGAGAAUUGCUGCUUUUAAAAUGCUAAGCAAACAUGGCAGUUCAUUCUCAGUAGUAGGAUUAGCUACAUGAAGCAAAAGUAACAUUGAGAGGCUUUGGUACUUUUUAAUAGUUCAAGUCUGUUCUGAUGGUUUUAGACUGUAGGUCAGUGCAAGGGGCAGUAGUGGGCCUGAUGGAAAUUUUCCUCAGGUGAGUCAGCUUGACAGGUAACCUGAGGGCACCUGUUGGUUAAAACUAUAGUUGGUUGCAGGUUUUUGUAAAUUAGCAUUUCAGCCUGCAUGAAUUGAUAGGGAUAUGGAUUUUACUUGCUUAACUGUCAUUGAUAUAAACAUGUAUUGUCAGAAUUCACAGGCCCAUACUAACUGUCCUUAAUUUCUUUCCUACAGCAGUACUGCUAUAUGCCAGUCCUGUCUGCAUUCUUAAGGGUGCAGUUCAACACAUCCUGUGUAGAUAAUGGUGAAAAAGUAUCCCAAAGGAAAGUCCUUAUCAAAGCUAGUGUCAGAAUGACACUGCCAAUUGGGCAAUGAUCUUCAGCAUAGAAAAUGUAUUAAGAAUUUUAUUUUGUCCUAAAUAUUAAUGCUAUACUACAUGUAUAGCCAAUCUGCACAUUAAGAGCAGUGCAUCCUUGCUAAGUUUGUUACUAUAUAGUUGGGCUUCUGUAAAAUAUUUAAAAGUUAGAAUAAAAUUUAAGAUACAGAUUGGUAUAUCUUAUGAUGUGGGAAAAACAAUCAUUUGCCUGUGAGUAUCCUUAUAGUGAAUAUAGUUUAUUGGAAUCAGCUCACAAUGUAAUAAUUGUGCCUUCAGAAUCAGUGGGGGGAGAAAUUGUGUGCUCUUUAAAUGAAGGCCUUUAACAUGUCACCACAAAAUGAGAAUCUGGGAAUGGUUGUCCAGAUUCAUCGAAGAAUAUACGCUGGUCUGUAUGAUAAAAAACAAUUUUGAGUUAUUAUCUAGGUUUACAAUAGUUCGUAGUCAGAUAGCAUAGGCUUUAUCAGCUUGAACAAGGUAAUGUGUUGAUUAUAAAUAUCUUUCCAAAGUGUUACUAAUGGUAAAGAGAUAAUUUUCUAGGCUUCUAUUCUGCUGCUUGAAGUCAGAACUGCUGAUGGAGACAAAGGCACGAAAGUGUACGUAUUCCGGAUUAGCAACCCAGGAACCCAUCACUUCUGAAGACUCUUUUAACUGUGCUGUCAUUUUAUCAUUCUUAUCUCCUUUAAAAAAAUAUUUGUUUUAAACUGUUGUAGUUAUGUUUGUGUUCAAACAGGUUAAAUUGAUCAGCAAAGUGAAUAAACGUAAGAUACAUGUAAUCUUUUUUUUAAAAAACAAUUCAGUCAAAACAGUAAAAUUAAUUGAUUUUGGCAUAACGUAAUGUUAGAGUAGGGCAGUUUUAAAAGCCAACUUUUCCUAAUCUCCUGUACUUAUUAUACUUCUGUCCUGUUGCUGUUCUCUUCUGCAGGAGGGAAGACACCUGACCCUAAAAUGAAUGCGAGAACAUAUAUGGAUGUUAUGCGUGAACAACAUUUGACAAAAGAAGAGGUGGGUUAAAAUUCCACUUUAAAUUUUAAUUGGUUGCAGUCUAGGCUGAUGAUCAGGCAGCUUUUGAGAGCCCACCAAUGCUCAGAUCUCUCAUGAAUUGGUUCUCCUCCCUGUCCAUCCUCCAUUGACCUGUUUGUCCAAUUGCACAAACAAGUUUAAAUUUUCCUAUAUGUUUUGGAGCAACACCAUGUUAAAGCAUUGUGAGGAAAUUAAAUGAUGGGUGGCUGACAACUGCCCACUGUGGAUCAUAGUGCUGUUGCCAGUAAGUUCACAUACAGAGGCAGCAGACAUUGAAGGCACCCGGAAGAUCGCCAGGAGUUCCUCAACUCUGAUCCUAGUGCAACUGCAUGUGACGUUCUCGGUGGACAAUAUGUGCAAAUUCAGUGAAUUGAAUAUUGUGGAUUCAGCAAAACAAAUGUUAUCAUGGUGAAUUUGCACAUGUUUUUCGGAAGAAAACAUUUAAUGGUCUUGUUCUUUUGGCCGAAACAUUGAAUCUGUUCACAAAUAAAAACCCAGGCAUCUGAGCCAUGGUAUGGAGCACCAGGAGCAAGCUUUAGUGUCAAGGAUUCCUUCCUCCUAUCCCAUGCUUAGAUCCAGUUGAGCGGGAAGAAACCAAUUUAUUGUCAGUUCAGAUGUAAUGGCAAAGGAUUGCUUGCACUAAGCAGGAAUAUAUAAGUUAGGGAGUCUGAGCAAGGGAGCGCAUUCCAUGGUUUGGAGGAUCAGGAAUAUUGUGAGUACGUCAUGUUCAGUGUAGCCUGUUGAUAUUUUUGGCUAAAUUAUUUGACAUUAAUAAUUGGCAGGUGCUUAUCUGCAGAAUUAAGUUAUAGCAUCAAAAAAGAAAGAAAAAAAGAUUGCAGUUAGGGGAUAGCCAACUGAAUAGCUUACAGGUUGACAAAAAUGCAAAUAAAAGUGUAGAUCAAAAGAUUUGAAAAGGCUCCACUAGCACAGGAGUGUGGAAUUUAUUUUAAGCUUGAUAGUAUUGGAGGAACAAGUCAUUUAUUUGUUUUAUCUUUUAACAGAGGGAAAUUAGGCAGCAACUAGCAGAAAAGGCUAAGGCCGGCGAACUUAAAGUCGUCAAUGGUGCUGCGUCCCAGCCACCAUCAAAACGCAAACGGCGUUGGGAUCAGACUGCUGACCAGACUCCUGGCACCACACCGAAGAAAUUAUCUAACUGGGAUCAAGCCGAGGUAAGGGUGUGAUGAUAGUGGGUGCUUGUCUCAAGUCAUUGAGUCCUGGGGUUUCACGAGCUUUUGCUGUAUUUAGAGCUGUCCUUUUUUCUUACUUUGUGAAUUCAAGGGCCACUGUGGAGAGGGUAGAGUCCCCAGCAUACAAACCAGGCAUAUGCCCAAAAUGCACUGCACAUAUAGCAGUGUUCCCCAGCCUGGUGCCUUCCAGCUGUCCAAUUGACUGAGAUUGAUGGGAUUUGUAGUUCAAAAUAUAUAGAGGGCACCAGGUUGCCUUAAGACCUCUCAAUCAAUGUAAUGCUCUAGUGUGGAAUAGAUAAAAGCCUCAAAGGUGAAUGAAAAUACCUGCUGGGUUAGAAAAAGACAACCAGUGAUCUGCACCUGAUAGUUGAUGUGAAUUCCCAGGUAUUUUGCAAUCUUAAGUACUUUUGCAAGUAGUGCAAUAUAACACCUGUUUCUUUGUUUUAUUCAGACCCCUGGACAUACUCCGUCCUUGCGAUGGGAUGAAACGCCUGGCCGUGCAAAGGGAAGUGAGACACCUGGAGCAACACCUGGAUCUAAAAUAUGGGAUCCAACUCCUAGCCAUACACCAGCAGGAGCUGCAACACCUGGGCGUGGGGAUACUCCUGGGCAUGCAACCCCAGGCCACGGAGGUGCAACUUCCAGCGCACGGAAAAAUCGAUGGGAUGAGACUCCCAAAACAGAAAGAGGUAUUUUUAUCAUCCUGAUCUGUUAUUUGCUUGUCAGUGUACAUGAAACUCUAAGGCCAAAUCCAAAGAACCUCAAGAAGUUCUAUGCAGUCGAGAGAGUACUGGAUGUUUUUCUCAGGUAGCAAUCUCCUUUGUUACUAUUAAUACUAAGAAGAAUGUCAAUUCUCUGUUAGAUGCGUGUGUCUUCUGGCCAAAGGGGACAAAAUAAAUCUUCCAUUUUAGCAGGUGGAACCCCUCAGAUUUAUUUAAAGAAACUUAUUUUAAUCUUGAUCUCUGAAAUAAAAGCUAAUAAAAGGAUUGCAAUCGCUCAGCAAAGCUGUGUAUAACUAAUACAGCUUUACUUAUUUGCGAGUAACAUUGUUCAUGGUUGCAUUUGAACAUCUUGGGGAAGUAUGAGAUUUGAAAAGGUUCUUGAAACCUGCAGUGAGUUUUCACUUUCAGAAUAGAUCAUCUGUCUCUGUACACUGGAAUCAGUUUGAAGCAAGUGGGUUUUGUUUUACAGAUACUCCUGGACAUGGGAGUGGUUGGGCUGAAACACCUCGUACUGAUCGAGGUGGCGAUUCCAUUGGCGAAACCCCCACCCCUGGGGCAAGCAAAAGAAAAUCACGUUGGGAUGAAACGCCUGCAAGCCAGAUGGGCGGGAGCACCCCUGUGUUGACACCCGGCAAAACACCAAUUGGUACACCAGCUAUGAACAUGGCAACCCCUACACCAGGUAUGCUUGAAUUAUUUUUUUAACAGCCCAAGCGUAAAACAUGGAACUCAGCAAUGACCUAAUGAAAUAGAAAAGCGGUUUUUAAGCUUACUCUGCUUAUCCCUAAAGGGGCGUGCAAUGCGUGUCUGCUUAAAUAAUUCGAGCUUGAAAUUUGGCUGUGUGCGAUAAUGAUGUAUAUAUGCCUUUGCUUGUUUCGCCGUGCAUUUGAACAGGGAGAUCAUUUGACGCAGUUAACAACAUAAUCUGUUGAUUGCAACGUAGGUCACAUCAUGAGCAUGACUCCUGAACAGCUCCAAGCCUGGCGGUGGGAAAGAGAAAUAGAUGAGAGAAAUAGGCCCCUUUCUGAUGAAGAACUUGAUGCCAUGUUUCCUGAGGGAUACAGGGUAAGCAGAUGGACCCAAGCCAUCACUUGCAGGAUUAGCAUGAAUUUAGAUAAUGUUUUCCUUAACUUUAACGUGCCUUGUUCAGGAACGGACCUAUGUUUUGAAUAUUGCCUGCAUGUUGUGAAUCAGGACCUGACUGAUGUAUCUUCUCCGUUCGUAGUAACCUAAUAGUUUUUGUGCCUGCACUUUGAGCGAUCCCUUUGUUAUUUUGCUUUUAAAAAUCUACCAUGAAUGGUCUCAAAAUACUGGAUGGAAUCCAGCCAUUUCCUAAACUUAACCAUGGGAACCUGGAUAGCUCAGUGGGUUAGAGCAUGGUGUUGAUAAUGCCAGGGUUGCAGGUUUGAUCCCCAUAUGGGACAGCUGCAUAUUCCUGCAUUGCAGGGGAUUGGACUAGAUGGUCCUCCGGGUCCCUCCCAUCUCUAUAUGGUUCUGUGAUUCUAUUGGGCCUAACCCAGAGGAGUCUUCUUUGUAUAGCUGGGCUCAGUUUCAAAAGCAGUUUGCAUUGGAGAGCGAGGUCCUCUUAAGGGAGAAGCAGUCUAAAAAGCCCUUGUGCUUAGAAUUACUUGCUCUCUCAUACCUCUCUUUUUGGAGAUCCAGUGUGGUGCAGUGGUUAGAGCGGUGGACUCGUAAUCUGGUGAACUGGGUUUGAUUCCCUGCUCCUCCACAUGCAGCUGCUGGGUGACCUUGGGCUAGUCACACUUCUCUGAAGUCUCUCAGCCUCAUUCACCUCACAGUGUUUGUUGUGGGGGAGGAAGGGAAAGGAGAUUGUUAGCCGCUUUGAGACUCCUUAGGGUAGUGAUAAAGUGGGAUAUCAAAUCCAAACUCUUCAUCUUUAGUUCACACUAGCCAUGGUCAGUGCUCUCAGUCUGAGGUGCUGAAUUCUCCUUGGCAAAGCUGCUCAGGGUCUCCAGUGUCAUCCCCUCCAGAGCAGCUUAAGUAGAGACAAAAUUGGAAGACGAGCACGCUAAAUUCAGUACGUGAGAGUUGGGCAAGAUUUUAGAGCUGGCUUGCAGCACCUCAUUUUCCCAGUGACAUUAAGGAGGCCUCUACACUGACGCACAGGCUUUUUCUGGGGCUCUUCCAAGAAGCUGAGAAAAAUGGUGCCAACUGGCUGAGAUCCGACAGAUUGGACAGUUGUUUCCUAAGCAGACUCUUGAGAAGUGGCGCUGCUCACCUGAGCAGCAGCCUGUAAACUGCCACUUCUGAGCCAGUUGGGGGCAGUAUGGUUGCCAGCUGGCACAUAGCUGUUUGUGUUUAGCAAUUUUAAUCGGAGCUAGCUGACCUGACUGGAAGAGUCCGCGACCAGAAGGAGGAGGAGUACCAGGAAGAAUGGAUGAAAUUUAAAGACUAUGUACUUAAAUACGUUAAGAUAACUUAAUUGGAAAAACUUGCAAAUAUCAGAUAGGCUUAGGAUUUAAACAUGUGAUGUUAGAGAAUAAUAUGCUUAAAGUUAAAACGAAAAGAAAGAAAGAUGUUAAGUGAUUAAGUUAAUAUUAUGAGAAAAAUUGGUUUUGGAAAACUGUUACAAUGAUAUACACUGAAAUUCAGCUAGGGGGAUUUGAGGAAGUCAGUUAACAAUGUUACUAAGAUUGGAUCAAGUUCAGUUAUGAUUUUUGUUUGUUUGUUUGUUUGUUUAGAAUUUUGGAAAAUCAAUUUUAAAAAUUUGGGGGGAAAAAUAAUCUCUCCGAUUAUUGGUUUGAACACUUAACCUUUUCAUUUUAGGUUCUCCCUCCUCCAGCGGGUUAUGUCCCUAUCCGUACUCCAGCUCGUAAACUUACAGCGACGCCAACACCUCUGGGCGGCAUGACUGGAUUCCACAUGCAAACUGAAGACAGGACCAUGAAGAGUGUCAAUGACCAGCCCUCAGGAAAUCUUCCUUUCCUAAAACCAGAUGACAUACAGUAUUUCGAUAAACUACUGGUGAGAUUUUGGCUUGUCUGUGUUGUUUUCUUACACUGUAUGGAGGUUGGCGUUAAAUGUCUAUUAACUAACGUACUUGUAAUUAAAUGUAGGUUGAUGUUGACGAAUCAACACUCAGUCCAGAGGAACAGAAAGAAAGAAAAAUAAUGAAAUUGCUUUUGAAGAUUAAGAACGGCACCCCUCCCAUGAGGAAGGUAAGUUAGAUCACUGCUCCUCUUACAUCCACUGUUUAUGCUCACUUUGUCUUGUGUUUGCCCUGUAAUUUAUGACUGAAUUUUAUUAUUAUUAUUAUUAUUAUUAUUAUUAUUAUGUUAUAUAGGCUCACUUUAUAAUUUCUUGCCGGAGCUGGACAGCAUUUUUGGUUCCAAGACCCAUCAUUACUAAAAUAUUUAGAAGAGUGCUUCUAAAGACUGCUUAGAAGAGUGUGGCUGUGUUGAUUUAGAAAAAUACUUAUACAGCUGAGUCAUGCACAAAACCUCUAAGUGGUGUACAGCAAAAAUAAAAACAAAGAUUAAAAACAGAAAUCUCAUAUGCAGCUUGCCAGUCGCCUAAAAUUCAUUUAUGAUCUUGUUGAGAUUCCUGUAUUUCAGGGGCUUGGAGUAGAGGACCUUUAGGGUUCCUUCCAAUUCUACAGAAAAGGCCUGGCCUGUCAGUAAAAUGAAACUUAGAAAGAUGUCUUUUUAAAAAGGAGCAUUAAAUGCCAUAGAAACAUAUUUCUUUAUUUUAAUUUUUUGACUUGCUGGGCUUUAAAAUGAAUAGAGCAGACUGUAUCUAAUGUUACGCUGCAUUUCCCCUCUUCCAUAGGCUGCUUUGCGACAGAUUACUGAUAAAGCUCGUGAAUUUGGGGCAGGCCCGCUGUUCAAUCAGAUUUUACCCUUGCUGAUGUCACCAACUCUUGAAGACCAAGAACGCCAUUUGCUUGUCAAAGUUAUUGACAGAAUCUUGUACAAAUUAGAUGACCUGGUCCGACCAUAUGUCCACAAGGUUUGUCUCUCUGAAAUUCAGUACUUCCAUUCUGAAUGACAUAAUAUUAAUGUAAGCCUGUGAUGUAUAUAUUCAGAAUAACAGAUGAUUGCACUCCCUAUCGUGUUGCAGGCUCAUAGCUAUAAAUAUAUUAUUUCCACAAUUAAAUAUAGAAAAAAGCUGUGUUGUUAAAACACUGUUGGUGCCCUUCAGAUAGCUGUGUUUAAAUUUUGAAUUCCAAUUUAUUAACUUAGCUCCUUAAGUUCUAGCUGCCACAGCUAUAAUAUUAUUUUUGGAAGUAGGAAUGGUCCUUAUUAGCAUUAAAUUAUUAGUGCGAGGUACCAAAGUAGAAGGAUAACAGAGAAUUGCAAUGUGGAUUAAAUAAAUGCAAAUGAAUAAAUUCCAAUUUCUUUGGAAUUGGAAAGCGUGAAACCUUCAACUUCUAUGAAACUCAUUCUUGAGUUUAGCUACUACUGAAGUUAACACAGUUUUAAAGCUGUAUUUGCAUAAGACCUAAGUGUUUUAACUUUCAUUUAACCCUUUUCAGAUUCUUGUGGUCAUUGAACCGUUGCUGAUUGAUGAAGACUACUAUGCCAGGGUAGAAGGCAGAGAAAUUAUUUCCAACUUGGCUAAGGUAAACACACCAUAAAUUCUUUCUUUUUAUUAUGCUAAUACUAGCAGAGAUUGAAAACUUGACCUGGGAUAACAUAAUAAGCGUAUCAGCCAAUCUGACUGCAUAUUGUGAAGAGGCAAGAUACUGUUGCUUUAUGGCUUUGAAAAGCGAGCACAGCCUUACCCGAUCAUGAAUUUAGAUUGUAGAAAUGCUUUGUGCAGGUCAGCAAUAGCAGCCUGUUUGCUUAUUUUGUCUUUUCAGGCUGCCGGACUGGCAACUAUGAUUUCCACUAUGCGACCUGAUAUCGAUAACAUGGAUGAAUAUGUUCGUAACACAACGGCUCGAGCCUUUGCUGUGGUCGCCUCUGCUUUGGGCAUUCCAUCUCUGUUGCCUUUUUUAAAAGCCGUGUGUAAAAGCAAGAAGUCCUGGCAAGCUAGGCAUACUGGUAUCAAGAUUGUGCAGCAAAUUGCUAUUCUUAUGGGCUGUGCCAUUUUACCUCAUCUCAGAAGUUUGGUUGAAAUUAUUGAGCAUGGUAAGUAGAUGUAAAAUUGCAUAGCGUUCAAGUCCUAAAGCAGGGGAGUGCAUUUUAGCUGAAUGCUGUUAAUGGGUCAUAUAACAAAUCAAUGUUGUAUCAGAGCAUCUUUGAUUUUCUCUUUGCAGUAAAGUCUGCUGGGUGUAUGAAAGCAAAAUGCAGAGAGGAGAAUUUGGACUGUUCAUAAAAUGCAUCUUACCUUUAUCUCCAUCAGCAAAGUUGUGCAUUCUGGUUAUUGCAGUAUUGCAAGUGAUUAGCAGCUGGCAUACCAAUGUAGUGUGUACUUGGUGGUGGAGAUAACAUCAAUUUUACAACUUUCUUUUUUAAAAAAAGAUAUUAACAGAGUUUAUAUCAGUCUUGUCCCUUUUAACGCUAUACAGAUACAGUGGUGCCUCGCAAGACGAAAUUAAUCCGUUCCGCGAGUGUCUUCGUCUAGCGGUUUUUUCGUCUUGCGAAGCAACCCUAUUAGCGGAUUAGCGCUAUUAGCGGUUUAGCGGCUAUUAAAGGCUUAGCGGCUUACCUGCUAAAAGGCGCUUAGCGGCUUAGAAAAAGGGGGGGGGGAAUCUCAAGACUCGCAAGACAUUUUCGUCUUGCGAAGCAAGCCCAUAGGGAAAUUCAUCCUGCAAAGCGCAUCGAAAAACGGAAAACCCUUUCGUCUUGCGGGUUUUCCGUCUUGCGAGGCAUUCGUCUUGCGGGGCACCACUGUAAAUAGUUAAGCUAUGGGUAGACGAGCCUGCAAUAUAGGAGACUAGGAUUGGAGGCUAUGCUGAAGUUAGGUUUGCUGUCCUGUUUGCCUCUUCUUGUUGUGCUACUCUUCAAGUUAAGACUUCUUUAGACCAGAGACAAAGCUAUACCAAGAAGUUGGUCAAGUACUGUAGUCAUACACUUCAGAGGGGGGUGUAGAUUUGUGACACCCUUUGGCCAAAGGCUUACCACCACUGGAUUAGGCUGUAGGAUUGGGAUGAUUUUGGAUAUUCUCACUGACUUGUUGAGGUCUCUCAAGACAUUGCUUUAUAGCUCCAAAAAUAUUUUAACGUGACUUGUGCGGGUUUUGGUAAGCAUAGGGUGGGAUCCAAUUUAAUGCCUGCACAAAAAGGUUUGAGAGUUGCCAUUGUUGCAUAGGUGGUAGCACACAAAGCUAAACUGUCAAUGAGUUGCGCUUGUGCCAGGGGGUUCACAGUCUCUCUCACAAGCACAAGAUUGUGUGCAUCACUUGUGUUGUACAAGGAAGGGACUCCUGUUCACAGAAUGUCUGCUGUGGUGCAAGCUGACUGCCACAACUGGGCAUCACCUGAAAUGUGUUGGUUGUGCCCUGAUAUCUGUUGACGUCACUUCAGUUGUGUCUCAGCAAGAUGAAACGAGCAAUGUGUUUGUUUUGCAGGCUUGGUGGAUGAGCAGCAGAAAGUACGUACCAUCAGUGCUUUGGCUAUUGCUGCUUUAGCCGAGGCAGCAACUCCCUACGGCAUAGAGUCAUUUGACUCUGUUUUAAAGCCCCUGUGGAAGGGUAUACGCCAGCACAGAGGAAAGGUAAGCCAGAGUUGCCUCAGUCAGCUCAUUUUUAAGACAACAUGCCUGGAUAUUAUUGAUUUUUAAUCAUGUUUCUAAAACUAUGUACCAUCAGGGUCUGGCUGCCUUCUUGAAAGCUAUCGGGUACCUUAUUCCACUUAUGGAUGCAGAAUACGCCAAUUACUAUACCAGGGAAGUAAUGUUGAUCCUUAUCAGAGAGUUCCAGUCUCCUGAUGAAGAAAUGAAAAAGAUUGUGCUGAAGGUAUGCAAAUGUAAUAUCUCCUGAUUGUUAUUUGAGGCUUUAAAGAGUUGGGUGUAUGCAAAUCACGAAGAAAGUUACACUUCCAUGUGCUGGGAGAGAUGUAUUGGUAACUGUCAAUUUUAACUUGUUAAUAAAAACAAGUGUAAUAUUUUAUAUAAUAUUUUUUAUACUAUAUAUAUUAAUUACACCGUGUGUGUGUGUGUGUGUGUGUGUGUGUGUAUGAGUGUAUGAGAGAAUAUGAAAUAGACAUGGAUCCUGAAAGGUAAUAGUCUCACCAUAGUGCAGAAAGGAAUACUGAGAUCAGGAGAAAUGGGGGCUUGCUUAAGACCAGCCCAAUAAGUUUGUGCUUGAGCUGUGCUUUGAAUCAGGAGAUUCCUGGGUCAUGCUGUUGAAUGCAUUUUUUAAUUAGUUGCCUUAUAAGACAGUUUUUUUACAUACUGCUUUUCCAGAAUCAUUUUGUCUAUUUGAAAUUGGGUAUAAUGAAACUUUUAUCCUAACUUUUUCUCAAGAAGAAAUAGGGUAUUCAUGUUGGCUGUUUCCUCUCCUUCCAGGUAGUAAAGCAGUGCUGUGGAACAGAUGGUGUUGAAGCAAACUACAUUAAGACAGAGAUUCUGCCCCCAUUUUUCAAGCACUUUUGGCAGCACAGAAUGGCACUGGACAGAAGGAAUUACAGACAGGUACUGUUGGCUUCUUAGUUAGAGAAGGCUUUGAACAAAUUUGGAAGUGUGUUGGAAACAAGCAAUAUUUGUACCAUCAUGGGUAGUUAUAAAGCAGUUUCAGAAGAAACCAUAAAUGCUAAUUCUGGGUGGAUUACUGGAAGCCUUAUUAUUCAUUUCAGCCAUUUGUGUACCACUUCACACCUUAGUCUCUAAACGAUGGACAGUGUGGUUAAAACAAUAAAAGAACCAUGUUUACACUACUGCUAGUUUUAAUACAAACUUCAAGUUGCAUAAAGUUUGGCAGUUCUUAACUCAGUGAGAAUAUUCAGCUCAGAUAUGCUGUGUUUCAGCUACUCACAUAUAGUAGUGAUGCCACCAAUAAUAGGAUUUUAGGACUGCAGUUCUAUGCAUAUGUCUUAAGAGUAAGCCUUUUUGAACAUAACAAUUACUUCAGGUAAAUAUGCAUAGGAGCGGGUUGUAAGCUACCCAUGCAGAAUUAUGAGUAAAUAAACUUUCCAUUGCUUGCAGAUCAAUCUAUAGGGCCUACACCAAUAGCAACCCUGAAGUUUAUGUAUUUCCUGCAUACUAGCAACCUCCCAAAACCUAAUUUUAACGCUCACCCAAACUCCUUGUUUUUUAUUCCUAAAACAUAGUUUUGCUUCUAUUUCUUUUUGGAGGAACAGAAUAGGGGUGGUAUGGAACUUGCUUAUUCAAAAAAUAAAAUAAAAAUUGUCUGUUUCAGUUGGUUGACACAACGGUGGAGCUUGCAAACAAAGUUGGAGCAGCGGAAAUUAUUUCCAGGAUUGUGGAUGAUCUGAAAGAUGAAGCUGAGCAGUACAGGAAGAUGGUUAUGGAGACGAUUGAGAAAAUCAUGGGAAAUCUGGGAGCAGCUGAUAUUGACCACAAGCUGGAAGAACAGCUUAUUGAUGGUAUCCUGUAUGCCUUCCAAGAACAGACCACAGAGGUAUAUGGAAACACUCAUAAUUUCUAUUCAUAAUUUCUAUUUCUAAUAUUUGUGUCGGAAAGGGAAAAUCUAGACUUCAGAAUUAAAAAUUUAGCAGUAACAUAGUCCAUGCUCAAAAACAGCCCAUCUGCACAAACAUUCCCACAAGUCAUUUGGGACUCUGGGGGUAAUAAAAGUUGCUAUCCCUUUAGUUGUUAGGGGGCCAUAGGAGAUAUCCGACUGAGCCCACACACUAUUUUAUUCCCAGCCCAACAAAUGACUGGCAACAGUCAUCUGGAUGGAGAGAGAAAGUACUCAGGCUGCAGCCACAAGGUCCUUCCUGUCUUUGAUUUUGAAUGAGUUGAGGUACUUGUGAUGCUUGUGUCAGUUAAACCCACUUCAGUAUAUGUCCCUACUAAGCAGCUGUGAAUUGAUUGUUUCCAUUUUGGGGCUCAAAUCAGCUUUUACCAUUCUGCUGAUGUGAUGAUGCUAGAGUUCAGGGUUGAUGCCUGAAAUUGUGCUUGACUGUCAAGUCAUGAGAAAAGUAAAGGUAAAGGAACCCCUGACCAUUAGGUCCGGUCGUGACCGACUCUGGGGUUGCGGCGCUCAUCUCGCUUUACUGGCUGAGGGAGCCGGCGUGCAGCUUCCGGGGCAUGUGGCCAGCAUGACUAAGCCGCUUCUGGCGAACCAGAGCAGUGCAUGGAAACGCCGUUUACCUUCCCACUGGAGCGGUACCUAUUUAUCUACUUGCACUUUGACGUGCUUUCAAACUGCUAGGUUGGCAGGAGCAGGGACCAAGCAACGGGAGCUCACCCCGUCGCAGGGAUUCGAACCACCGACCUUCUGAUCGGCAAGUCCUAGGCUCUGUGGUUUAGCCCACAGCGCCACCCGCGUCCCGAUGAGAAAUGCACAUGAGGUCAAAACCUAGCCUAUCAGAACGAGACCGCGAAGCUAGGAAAGUCAAAUAACCUCCAAUGUUGUUGACAAAACAAUAUUAAGACUAUUCUGCUUUAUAACUUCCUUGUAAACAGGACUCCGUGAUGUUGAACGGAUUUGGAACAGUGGUCAAUGCUCUUGGCAAGCGAGUUAAACCGUACUUGCCCCAGAUCUGCGGUACGGUUUUGUGGCGUUUGAACAACAAGUCAGCCAAAGUAAGGCAGCAAGCUGCUGACCUGAUAUCCCGUACUGCAGUUGUCAUGAAGACUUGUCAGGAGGUAGAUACUUUUCCUUAUCACUUUUCUUAAACAUUGCUUUUGUGUCUAGAGACGUUCAAUUACAAGCUGUUGCUUCUUUUUUGUUCAUAGGAAAAACUGAUGGGACACUUGGGUGUGGUAUUAUAUGAGUACCUGGGUGAAGAAUACCCUGAAGUGUUGGGCAGUAUUCUCGGAGCACUUAAAGCUAUUGUGAACGUCAUAGGUAAGUGUAGUUUUUAUAACAAAAACAUCAAAGUGAGUUUUUGAUUUGGAAGGACGAAAAUUGAGGCUCAAGCUAUCCUUUUCUAUGUUGAACAGGUAUGCACAAAAUGACCCCUCCGAUUAAAGACUUGCUGCCAAGGCUCACACCUAUCUUGAAGAACAGACAUGAAAAAGUGCAGGAGAAUUGUAUUGACCUGGUUGGGCGUAUUGCAGACAGGUAAAUGAUUUUUUGUUGUGGUUAAGUUAACCUUCAGGUCUAUAUUGUGUAGAGUAUCUUUUAUAUAUGUGUGUACUGUAAUUUCUUUUGCACUUAUUAGUACCUCAACAUUUGCUGUAAUGUUCAAUCCAAAAUAAAUAGUGCAACUACAUCUUGCGGAUCUAGGUGUUUGCGUAAAAGGUUUCCACUUCCUUUUCUUCAUUAAAAAAUAACUUUCCUCUCUCUUUUAUCCAGGGGGGCAGAAUAUGUUUCUGCAAGAGAGUGGAUGAGAAUCUGCUUUGAACUGCUGGAGUUGCUAAAAGCUCACAAGAAAGCCAUCCGAAGAGCAACUGUGAACACAUUUGGUUAUAUUGCAAAGGCUAUUGGGUAAGCAUGUCCCUUACUGUAUAAACACACAGCUCAACACAAUCUACCGUAUUUUUUCUGUGGACAAGACAGGGUUUUUUGCUAAAAGAAAUUAGUCUAAAAUUGGGAAAUCGUCUUAUAGAUGAAUGGUGAAUGCACAGGUAUUUGGGUGUGGGUGGUUCUGGCCCGGGUUCAGGCUCUGGCCCGAUUUCUUAAUUUUGUGUUCAGAAAAAUACACGUCUUAUACACGGAAAAAUACAGUACUUCUCCCUCUCUUUGAAGUAGUGUUAACGUCCCGUUUUCCAACAUACAGGGUGAUUUUAACCUCCUCCGACGGGGCCCAUUGACAUUAAUGGACUUAAGUAAUUAAGUCUGUUGAUUUCAGUACUUUUCGAUGUCAGUCAUGUGUGUCUGGGGUUUGGAGAAUGAAAAGUUAACACAACUGCAAAGAAAGUUUGAGUUAGAUCCUUUUGAGCUAUGCAUCUGAAUGAAAAAGCUGGAGAAACAAUGGGUAUAACUUAGUGAACCAAUUACAAACCCACAAAAUGUAACUCCUAUCAAAAAUUCAAUGCUGCAUUUAUACCUUUUUAAUUGAUAAUAUUAAUCUGUGUGCAUUACAUAUUACAAGGAGCAAGUAUGACGGGCCUUACCCCAAGGGACUUAGUCUGUGGGUGCCAUGGUUCCUUUAUUUUAACAUUUUUUAUUGCUUUGUUCUUCUUCCAGACCACACGAUGUGCUGGCGACGCUGCUAAAUAAUUUGAAAGUCCAAGAAAGACAAAACAGAGUGUGUACAACAGUAGCAAUAGCUAUUGUAGCUGAAACCUGCUCCCCUUUCACAGUGCUUCCUGCGCUCAUGAAUGAAUACAGAGUUCCAGAACUGAAUGUCCAGAAUGGUGUAUUAAAAUCACUUUCCUUCCUCUUUGAGUAUAUUGGAGAAAUGGGGAAGGACUACAUUUACGCUGUAACCCCAUUGCUUGAAGAUGCUUUAAUGGACAGGCAAGUAAACUCCCCUCCUCAGGCUUAAACUGUGCUACUGUCUUCAUCUUUCAUUUGAUGCACUUCUUCUGGAGAAUAUUAAAUAGGGGACAGACACAAGACUUGACUUGCUUUCUAGACAUGUAAUAAGCAAACACGGGAAAUAUUUGUAAAAGCAAAAUUGACCAGAAUACAUGAUAAACAGCCUGUGUGAGCCACCAGUUCUGGGAAGGAGGAGUGGGACUGAUUUUCCUGGAUCCCAAGUGCCUUCCCUGGAGGGAUGGAUGUUUAGAAUCCCUGCCUCUUUCUCUUCAGUAUACAUAAAGCAAGCUUAAACAAUUGCCACAUUGCUUGGCUGAACUUCAUUUACAUAGCUGUGGCUGGAAAAGAUGGCGCUUGGUGUAGCGUAGCUUUCCACUUUUCUACUCUUUUUGGUUGAUUAACAUCUGCCCAGGGAGGCAGUAGUUAAGCCACUCUGAAUUUAUCCCCUCCUGGACUCUGGGAAUUGUUCCAACUGCUAGCCUGUUACCAAUUUUUUUUUUAGCAAGAUCAACACUGGAUACCAGUCUGUACAAUUUGAAAUGUUAGUGUUAAUGUAUGAAACUCUUAAGUGGCUUGGGGCUAGAAUGUUUGAAGGCCUACCAACUCCCACAUGAACUUGCUAGAUCUUUAAAAUCAUCUUCAGAGGCCCUUCUCACAGUUGAGAGAUUAAGCUGGUGGUGUCUGAGGAAAUCUGGGAGAUACCAGCAUUAUCAUUUGGGUGCCAGGCUAUUCUCCAAGGCUUCACAUGGUUAAGUGGCCUCUGCCGUUUAAUUGUUCCCUUAAUCAUUUUUUAUUAUAUGGUUCCCCAAUUAUUACAGCUGCCUGCUUAUUUCUUUGUGCUUUUUCUCUACGCCAUUGUGUGAAUUUUACUGCUUUUAACGUGGUUGGUUUUUAUUAAUAUUGUGAGUUGCUGAAAUGGCGAAGCAGUGUAUAAGUAUCUAAACUGAUUGUGGCUCUCACCCAGACAUACUGAGUUGAAUCUAUUGAUGAGUGCAGCAGGGAGAAAAGAGGAUGGACAGUGGUUUUAAGAAGCUAAAUGUCACCAAAAUAGGUUAACUUCCAACAUAUAGUUAUGUUGUAACAUACAUUCUGUCAACCUGGUAAAAACCAAACCUAAACACGUCUAUGCAAUUUCCUUUUCAGGGACCUUGUUCACAGACAAACCGCUAGUGCUGUAGUACAACAUAUGUCGCUUGGAGUAUACGGCUUUGGCUGCGAAGACUCUUUGAAUCACUUACUGAAUUACGUGUGGCCCAAUGUGUUUGAGACAUCGCCCCAUGUCAUCCAAGCAGUUAUGGGAGCGCUGGAAGGACUGAGGGUUGCUAUUGGACCUUGCCGAAUGUUACAAUAUUGUUUACAGGUAAAUUUCCUUAAGUAAAAAUAUUUGGUUUGUGAGCAGACCUUGGAAUAAAACCCGUAUCGCAUUUUUUGUCAGGCAAGGAAAAACAUUGGUUAAAUAUUGCACGACCAUAAAACAGUUAAUGAAGGCAGGGGAGUUCGUUGACAUAUUAAGAACUAUUGAAAUACAAUUGUAGCGGUAGAACGACUGCUGGAAUUUUUUAAUUAUAAGACACCUUUUUAUUUUAGGGCAUAGCUCAUUCCUAAUGACUUGCCUUGAAGCAUCGUAUUUAGGAAGCCUUGAUAAAUCAUUAGCUGAAAAUAAUCACAAAUCAGUGUAACAUUUGGUUUGUGCUGUAACUGAGCUAAAGAAGACAGUGGUUGUGAUGGGGGAGUCAUCUGGGUGGAUGUGAGAGGUUUUAUGCAUCUGCAGUGUGACUUUCGCCACUCCCGUCCUCUGUGUUCCACUAUACAAGAUGUUUUCAAAAAAGUUGAGCUUCAGCAGCUUGCAAGUUUCCUGGAGUGAAGGGAGGGUUAGAAGAGGGGAGAGGUAUCCCCAUUUUGUGUAUAUUAGUUGUGAACACCUUUUGCAACACCUAGGAUUGUGGCUCCAUAUGGAUAAACUGGUCAUUUCUUUUAAACAAAUUAGGAAAAAAAAACCUUGGAAAUGUGAUUUAAUUCCCCUACUUAUAUUUUCUUAGGGUUUGUUUCACCCUGCCAGAAAAGUCAGAGACGUGUACUGGAAGAUCUACAAUUCCAUCUACAUUGGUUCACAGGAUGCUUUAAUAGCACAUUACCCACGAAUCUACAAUGACGAAAAGAACACCUACAUUCGUUAUGAACUCGAUUAUGUCUUGUAAUUUUAUUUCUCAUUCUUUUUUUGUGUUUAGUGCACAGCUAUUCCACACUUGGUUCAGAUCUGGUGAUGUACAAUUUUUAAGACACCGCAGAUCACCGUAGAGCGGAUCAGAGGCGCAGAGCUUUAGAAAUCCAGUAGCAUGAUUUUUACAUAACAUGUCCUUGUUGAUUUUGAUGUUAAAGCCAGUAGUGACCAAGAGCAGUGAUUUACAGAGUACUGGAAAGAUUUCAUUUUGGAUUCAUCUUGAUGAGGAUUUAGAUUCCAUUCCUUGUGUUUAAAGGGGCUGUUUAUUUGAGAAAUAAACAUUUAUGUAUAAAAUAUUAAUGGUUAUGUGUGUGUGUGUGUGAGCAUUUUUCAGAAGGGAGACACUUUAACAAGUCUCUGAUAGAUCGUCAAGCAGUUUAUGUAAAAAGGUGGCAUACUGCAUUUUAACCCUCUUUGUCAUACCCUAGCUUUUGAAUAAAUAAGAGAAAUGUUCACAUUUUGAUUGUGGCGUCUUCAUCCUGUGCUUGCUGUGUGGCCGAUAAAAUCUACAGAUUUUGU